AUGUUUUGGUUGCUGCUUUAUCUAUCAUUGAAGAGUAUAGACUGUGGCACAGCUCCACCACAAUUUUGCAGUAGUGAUACAAGACCACUUGGUGACGCCAUCAAUGAAUUUGCAUUAAACUUGUACCAACAGAUGCUGUCUGAUUUGACCGAUCCAGUGAAUGACAAUAUAUUCUUCAGUCCAUUUAGCAUCUCAACAGCACUAGCGAUGACAUACCUUGGAACUGCAGGAAAUACUGCUACAGAAAUGAAAGACGUGUUGAAGUACCCAGCAUGUGUCCACCCUUUGUUCAAGGCUCUCCUUACGGCCUUGAAUGUACCAAAUAAUGACUACACAUUGAAUGCUGCUAACAAUCUAUUCCCCGAUGAUGGUUUCAUGAUUGAGCAGGAGUAUCGAAACAAUGUCAUACAGUUUUACUUUGCAACCCUUAAAGAGCUUGAUUUUGAAAACAACAGUACUGUGGCGAGAGAAUACAUUAAUGAAUGGGUCUCAAACCAUACAGAAGAAAAAAUCCCAGAGCUUCUACAAGAGGGAGAUGUCACAGCUCUUACAGUGCUCUUCUUGGUCAAUGCAAUUUACUUUAAAGGUGACUGGCUUAACAAAUUCAAUCCAGACCUAACAGAGCCUGCAACCUUUCAUGUUAGUCCUUCAAAUCAGAUUCAAGUUGAAAUGAUGUACAACCAGAGCACAUACAGGUAUUAUGAAGACAACACAUUAAACGCUCAGCUGUUGGAGCUACCAUAUGCUGGAGAGGACAUCAGUAUGAUUGUUAUCCUUCCAAAUGACCUAGAUGGCUUGAGUAGUCUAGAGGCAACCUUGAAUCCGAUUAACUUAAAAGCUGCAUUGAACGAGCUCUUAUAUCCUCGUAGUUCUACUCACACAAGUGUACAAGUAUGGUUACCUAAAUUUGAGAUGAAGUUGCGUUAUAAGCUGAAGGAAUACCUCCAAGCACUUGGAAUGGUCGAUGCAUUCAAUUUCGGGGCAGACUUCUCACCUCUUUGUGGAUCUUGUGGAGUGUUCAUCAGUGCAGUCAUUCAUGAGGCAUUUGUUAAAGUGAAUGAAGAAGGGACAGAAGCCACUGCAUCAACUGGAGUAGUCAUCAACAGAGGCAUCAAGUUGUUUAAGGCCAACCAUCCAUUUAUAUUCUUAAUUCGGCACAAAAAGUCAGGGACCAUAUUGUUUAUGGGGCGUGUUACCACACCAAAUGAUUCUGGAACUUCCAACCAAUCGUGUUUGACAAAGAUACCCUGCCCCAAAAAAAGAAAAGGUAAACUAUCACGAUGCUGUGGAUGUAAAUACAUGUUUGCUGAUCCAAAAACAAAGCGGAUCAUGACCCCCAAGGCUAUGAUGAGGAAAUACAAAGGACGCAAAUGUUUGGAGGGAUGCAUUCACAGAAAGUGUAUUCCAUGA